UAUCUCCUUGGCUUUUCUCUUGCAGUCAGUUUUCGGUGGAAUAUAUCUUUGAUUUUGGAAUCGUCAACAGCAGUCUAUCCUGCAUUCCAAUAACAGCGGAGCCCUCAUCCUAACUUCAGGAAAAUACCCCCGCAGUGAGAGGAGUGUACAGAACGCCACAGCAACCAUGGCCCAAUCAUCCACGCAUCAUCAACCCCAAUCCGCCCCGGUAGUUACACAAGCACAGCAACAACACCAACCGCAACCGUUCCCUUCUGCCCGGAGACCAUCCCGAAGGAAUAAGCAAUACCCGCUCGGAGGAUAUGCUCCUCCCGAUACAUCGACCGCGUUGCAACCAGUCAGACGCGGGCUUUCACCCUUACCUUCAGAUGAGGAAGAGGAAGUACUAGAUAGAGGGGGACGAACUCGAGGAAAGCUGGCGAGUCAACCUGCUGCACAGGAUAUGGAUCAGAUGCCGGAGCAGGAGGAGACGGGGCUUAAGUUGAAGUUGGAGUUGAACUUGGAUGUGGAGGUCGAGUUGAAAGCGAAGAUUCAUGGGGAUAUAACGUUGGCUUUGUUGUGA